UCCCCCUUAGGAGAAGUCGGGAAGGUGGCAGCGGCGGCGGUGGCGGUUGUCCCGCCCGGCCGGUUGGUGUGACCGGUCGGCGCGUGCUGCGCAGCUCCCUCGCCUUGUCCAGCCCGGCGGAGCCGAGCGGAGGCCGAGACCGGAGUCCGCGAGGGCGGAGGGCGGCGGCGGCCAGGGCGGCCCGUGGGAGGGAGCGCGGGGCCCCGGCAGCGCCGCCGGCUCCCGGCCCUGCCGGCCUCCUCGGUCGGAGCCGCGGCCAUGGCGGCCAGCGCGAAGCGGAAGCAGGAGGAGAAGCACCUGAAGAUGCUGCGGGACAUGACGGGGCUGCCGCACAACCGCAAGUGUUUCGACUGCGACCAGCGCGGCCCCACCUACGUGAACAUGACGGUCGGCUCGUUCGUGUGCACCUCCUGCUCCGGCAGCCUGAGAGGGUUAAAUCCACCUCACAGGGUGAAAUCUAUCUCCAUGACAACAUUUACACAACAGGAAAUUGAAUUCCUGCAAAAACAUGGAAAUGAAGUCUGCAAACAGAUUUGGCUAGGAUUAUUUGAUGAUAGAUCUUCAGCGAUUCCAGACUUCAGGGAUCCACAAAAAGUGAAAGAGUUUCUACAAGAGAAAUAUGAAAAGAAAAGAUGGUAUGUUCCACCAGAGCAAGCCAAAGUGGUGGCAUCGGUUCAUGCGUCUAUUUCAGGGUCUUCUGCCAGCAGCACAAGCAGCACCCCAGAGGUCAAGCCCCUGAAAUCUCUGUUGGGAGAUUCUGCACCAGCACUGCACUUAAAUAAGGGCACACCUAGUCAGUCCCCAGUUGUAGGUCGCUCUCAAGGGCAGCAGCAGGAGAAGAAGCAGUUUGACCUUUUGAGUGAUCUUGGCUCAGACAUCUUUGCUGCUCCAGCUCCUCAGUCAACAGCUACAGCCAAUUUUGCUAACUUUGCACAUUUUAACAGUCAUGCAGCUCAGAAUUCUGCAAAUGCAGAUUUUGCAAACUUUGAUGCAUUUGGACAGUCUAGUGGUUCGAGUAAUUUUGGAGGUUUCCCCACAGCAAGUCACUCUUCUUUUCAGCCCCAGACUACAGCAUUUAGAGUACUUUCAUCUAGCUGCAGUUUUGGUGAAUUUACUUCAGCUUUUCCUCUCCAGGCUGCCCACAGUGGAAGUGCUGGAUCAGUAAAUGCUAAUUUUGCUCAUUUUGAUAACUUCCCCAAAUCCUCCAGUGCUGAUUUUGGAACCUUCAGUACAUCCCAGAGUCAUCAGACAGCAUCAACUGUUAGUAAAGUUUCAACAAACAAAGCUGGUUUACAGACAGCAGACAAAUAUGCGGCACUUGCUAAUUUAGACAAUAUCUUCAGUGCUGGGCAAGGAGGUGAUCAAGGGAGUGGUUUUGGGACCACGGGUAAAGCUCCUGUUGGUUCUGUGGUUUCAGUUCCCAGUCAUUCAAGUGCAUCUUCAGACAAGUAUGCAGCUCUGGCAGAGUUAGACAGCGUGUUCAGUUCUGCAGCCACCUCCAGUAAUGCGUACACGCCCACCAGUAAUGCUAGCAGCAGUGUCUUUGGAACAGUGCCUGUGGGUGCCUCUGCUCAGACACAACCUGCUUCAAGUGGUCCUGCUCCGUUUGGGGCUACGCCUUCUACGAAUCCAUUUGUUGCUGCUACUGGUCCUUCUGCGGCAUCGUCUACAAACCCAUUUCAGACCAAUGCCAGAGGAGCAACAGGCCUUUCUGGAGCAAUGCAUUCUCAAGUGUUUCCUCACGCUCAUUUUGCGGCAACCUUUGGCACCGCAUCUAUGAGUAUGCCAGCAGGAUUUGGCACUCCUGCCCAAUACAGUCUCCCUACCAGCUUUAGUGGCAGUUUCCAGCAGCCUGCCUUCCCAGCCCAAGCAGCUUUCCCUCAGCAGACAGCCUUUUCUCAGCAGCCCAAUGGUGCAGGUUUCGCCACAUUUGGACAAACUAAACCAGUGGUAACUCCUUUCGGUCAAGUAGCAGCUGCUGGAGUGUCUAGUAAUCCUUUUAUGACUGGUGCACCAACGGGACAAUUUCCAACAGGAAGCUCAUCAACCAAUCCUUUCUUAUAGCCUUAUAUAGACACUGUACUGGAACGAACUUUUAUGUGAUCAUAUUACAUCUCUUCGCCUCUUGCACUGUUGUCUUGUUUCACUGAUCUUAGCUUUAAACAUGAGAGAAGUCUUUAAAAUGCCUGCAUUGUGUAUUAAACACCAGGUAAUAUGAGCAAAACAGGGCUCAGCAACAACUUUUCACUUGUGAAUGGGCAGGAAAAGGUAGCGGCAUCAUGUAAGUUAGAAUUGGCUAAUGUUAAGUUAUUGCAGAUCCCACACUCAUUAUGCUGCAGUACUGUACAUAUUUUUCUUAGAAAUUAGCUAUUUGUGCAUAUCAGUAUUUGUAACUUUAACACAUUGUUAUGUGAGAAAUGUUACUGGGGAAAUAGAUCAGCCACUUUUAAGGUGCUGUCAUAUAGCUUGGAAUGAAUGAUUAAAAUCAUUUGAAGCAUUGCUUCUGGAAAAUUCAAAUUGGAAGGUUUUAUUCAUUCUUGAAUUUUUCCUUCUCAAGAGUUCUUCUAUUCAUACAUGGCUAAGUUCUUUAAAGAUAUGGAGGACACCUGUCUGCGGAAUAAAGCUGAUCAUGUUUUGCUACAGUUUGCAGGUGAACAAAAUAAAUCUUAGAAAAUAUGCUAUUGUUUUUGUGUUCUUGCUGCAAUGCCUUUACCAAAGUGGCCUUAAAUAAUGAGUAGUUGAGUUGAGAACAUCUUGAACUCUUAAAGACUUCUAGUGACUAACUUUUUUUAAAAGGCCAUGUAGAAAAUUUAUUAAAACUACUAGGACUGCUAUAUUCAGGAAUGUGACAGUGGAAAAGCAUUUAAAUGUAGCUUGUCAGAUUCACCAUGCUACUUCUAAUUUCUCUGCAACUUCUUAAUUUUGUGAAAUUUGUAAAUAUGGAGAAUUUGCAUGUAUGUGUAUUUACAAAUAUUUUUUAAAGAUCUUGAAUUCUCAGACUGCAAAAGGCCUACUUUAACUAUUUUUCCCUCUGUUUUCACUGUCUUUGAAUGUAUUGGAAGCAGACAUGCAUUGACUGUGACAUGGUUGCACCUGAGGCUUCCCCCUCACUUUCUGGACAGACUGAUACCAUCUAUCAAACAUUUGUUUGUGUUGAUUUGGGGAUAAAGAAAAAAGAACCCAAUGUUACCUUAAAGUGAUGAAAUACUUGUGUAAAAAGGUAGCAAUACUAAUUUUAGUUUAUCUUUUUGUUAAUAUUCAAAUGAACUGUUAAAUAUUUAUAUGUAGUAAUGCCUCGUUCAUCCCAGGAUAAUCUGGCCCUUUCAUCGAAACCAAAUACAACUAAGAAUUAAAAUGAUUAAAAAGAAAUUUUUGAACAAUACCCCUAAGUUAUGAAUUUUGUAUGUACAGUAUAUGCAUUUCUUUAAAUGUGUUUAAUAGUUUGGUAACUUGAUUUAUUGGUCCAUAGCAUAUUAGUGCUGAUGAAAGGAAGGGUCCAGAAUAAGAAUGGAGAGCACGUACUGCCAAAGGCCCCAUAGGGACAGCCAGCCCAGUUGAGAGGUAGUGACUCUGUGCCAUCAAAAAAAGCAGAAAUUGCACAUACAGUAUGCAAUGCCUGUUAGAAAGUAACAAAAUUUUUUUAAAGCAUUGGUUUUAAGCGAUAUAAGCAUCACUUUUCUCACACAUUUUAUUUAUAUUGGAUGUAUUUUUGCAGUGAUGGCUAUUAUCAUACUCUUAAAGUCUCGGUGUUUACUUGAAGCACUGCAGUUGGGUGCCAUCCUUAUUGGGAAGUUGUGCUUUAUAUGUACUUGUCAAGUGAUGUGCCUGAGACUUAGUCCCCUCUGAACAACCUGCCACUGAGAAUCUAGUUAGUGUGCUGAGGCUCUCCUGCAUUUUGGGCAUAGUCUUGAACUCUGUACAUUUGGGGGAUCUCAUCUGUUUUCAUGGAGGGAAAACUUAAAUGUCUUUAAACUUUUGUUUGAGAUUGUGUCAGAUCCAUAUCAAUUCACAUGUUCAAGUUAAACUAUAUAAUUAUAGGCCAUUCAUUACCCAGAUGACCCACCAGACUUUCCAUCUAUUAAGUAAAUUAAACAGUUGUUAUCAAAAUAACUGUAAAGGCUAUUUUUUCUAGAAGAUCUGAGAUAUAUAAUUAGAUGGGGGUGGAGAGACUGUUUUGACUUUCAGUGAGUGCCUAUAAUAAAAAUACAAGUACUUAGGUUCAAAACAGUUCCAGUGUCAACGUGGGUCUUCACAUGCUUUUUGUCUUUUAAAAAUCCCCAUCUUUUAGGCUUAAAUUUGGGUGUGCUUCUAGUUUUGGACACUGUGUUGAGCAUUGAGAGCCUAGUGCUCAGAGCAGUGACUGAGGGUCUUCACACUGCGGGCUCAGUGCGCACAGCAGGCUUCCUGCUCUGCCUCUCACCAGAAAUGAAGUUCUAUGGUGAUCAAUUUAAAAUCGUCUUGAUCUUUAUGAUUUAAGGAAUGUUUUAGUUUAGACUUUUUUUUUUUUAAUAAAGGAUAGGUUGUCAUCUUCCAUAAGAUCAUUUGUUCUGUAAAUUAAAUACCCGUUCUAUGGGAGGUACUUGGUAACUCUUCCUGUCAGUUGCAAAGUGGAGAGAGUGACUGGCUGUGUACAGUCACUGUGCCAGCAUUUAUGAAACAAGCUGUUUCACAGUCAUAGUUCUUAUAACUGUUGAUGGUCCCAGCAGGAGCUUUAGUUUAUGAGACUUGACUCUUUCAUAGGUUAGUAUAUUACAAAUAAAUACAGAGGGAUUUCUAAAGCAUACCUUUUAGAUUUGACUGUAAUAGCCCUAUUACUUGUUAACAUAGAUAUUUUAUGUAAAAUAACUUUUCCAAAAUGACAACAGACACUGUUUAUAUUUUGCCCACCUUUUCAAUGUCAGGUUUAAUAGAAACUGAAGAUAGUCACACUACUUGCAUUCAGACUCAGACUCUUCAUGUACCACAGCAGGGAGGCACUGAAACUGUGCUGUGCACUUGUGAAAUCCAGAUGGUGAGAAAGGCACAAACCACCUUAGAAUUAGUAGAAAAGCAACUAAACCUGGUGCAGGGAUUCAGGGUCCCCAGAUAACAUUUUGAGAACACAGCACUUUAAAUUUGUGUGUUCCUGAUAUAUUUACCUCUGUCUAGGGAAAUCUUGCUCCUUCUGAACUUAAAGGGGUUGUUUACUUUGGUGAAAUUCCAGUUGAAAUCAUUGUUAAAUAUUUUAAAGAACUAAUGGUGAUGGUGUGGGUGUGGUGUGUUUUACACCCUAAGUGGUUUUCUUCUGUCAGCUCAUGUAUUGGAAUCUACAAGGCAUAGAACAGGUAAGCUAGUAACAGUUUUAUCCUUGGGAGAAAGUACUAUUGGGUUAAAUUGUGCUUUAAUAUUUAGGGGUUAGUAGACCUUAUCUCUUUACCAAGCUACUUACUUUCUUUAUUCUCAAAAAUACUUAAAUCAUGUAACAUGAAUUCUUGUAUACUUUGAUGAAAGUACUAUUCGUUCCAUAGAGUCUUGUUUUGUUUGCUUUUUUAAAUGGCAGGAUCUUUACAUAGUCCUGGCUGUCCUGGAACUCCAGCCUCAAACUCAGAGAAAUCGUCUGCCUCUGCCACCACACCCAGCUAGCCCACUGUAGGGUAGUGGGAUGAGAUGGAACAGCUUGCCACCUCAGGUUGACAGUGGCACAUUGUAUGGGACAGCUUACCUUUAAUAUGUAGUCUGUUCCCCCCACAGUUUCAAAAUUUGCUUUUUUAAAGGUAAUUAAAAGUUUGUAUAAAUUAGCUUAUUGUAUUGAAUUUAUCAGUUAGUUGAACCUUGUGUAUUUUAAAGCAGUGUUAUUACUUUGCUUUUUGUAUGGUUGUGUUUGAACAAAUGAAUUUGUGAGGGUAACAAGGACUGUGCUGGUGGGUGUUUGACAGCCAUCUCUGAAGAAAAGAUGAAGGAACCAGCCUUGUAGUAGCAGGCUUAUUUUUACUAGUAGUCAGGGGUCUUGAAAUGCCAUUGAAAGGAGCAUGAGUGGAUCUGCUGAGCCUGCGCUAGACAGCUCCGGCACAGCACUGGUGUGUAACCCCAGAACUCACUAGGUUUACUGCUCCUUUCAUGAUUAGAUCCAGGCUUUGAAAACCUUUAUUUUAUAUUUUUAGUGAUUUCUAUAAGCAUCUAGACGCUAGCUUAUUUCUGAAAGUUCACUAUAAUUUGGAAAUGUCCAAGUGCUGGGAAAGAUUGGGGAAGAUGCUAAUCUUCCCUGAUAUAGGGCUGUAUAGGUGCUUGCUGUCUGCAGCUGUGCAGUAUAGUACUCCAAGAACUGGGUUCAGAUCCCACAGAACAGAGCAUGUACUUGCAAAGGGCUCAUGUCUCCAUGUCACUGCUCUGCUUCCCUGGCCUCUCAGUGAGUAGGUCCUGCACAGGGCCUUCCUCGGGCAGCUUCUCUUCCAAUUUAGUCUUUCCAGUGAAGACUUCUGCCAAGAAGGUAUAUCUAAUAUCCUAUCCAUUCUGCAUGUUUUAUGCCUGUAGUUAAGAGUCCAUUGUUCUGAAAUCUGUACUUGUCCAGUACCUAGAUCUGUGGCGGUUAAUGAAAACAGAAUGUUACUAUUCAUAAAAAGAAAAAAAAAAUCCUAGACAGAACAUUUAAUUGCCAAUAGACAUGCCCAUUGUAUUAAUUUUUAAAAUUGUUUUGUUCUCCAGAGUCUUGACCACUUGUUGUCUGAGUCACAAUCUUAAACAAGUAGCCUUCUGAUUCUAACACUUGAGGUAGCGAAGGUUGUAAACUACUGUUCCAUAGUGUUCCUAGAAUGUGGUGAAUAGAGCCAGAUUUUUGCAGACUUAGAAGUCUUUAUAUGUUCUAAAUGACAUGCUUAGGAUUUUUACACAGGGUAUAAGGUAAAUGCAGAGUGUUUCCCUCUGCACUUACUGUUACUUGUAUUUGUAGUUUUCAGGAAUUCUGUCUAUCGUGUCUGUCUAUAUAUCUGUGCAUGCCUUUCAUGGUUCUGCCUUUUAAAAAUGCAGACUUUUCAACCUUUUCCUUUGUUUUCACGUGGACACCUUUCCAUUUUGCCACGGAUAGCACUAUCCCAUUAUGUGAAUGGCGCCAGGAUCCAGGAGUGGAUGUCCUUUGCAGGAACAUUUUUGCAUGUAUUUGCAUACACAUGCAUACACAUUUAUAUGUAUAUGUAUACACACAUAUAUUACAUACCUGUGUAUGCUUACAUGGAAAUUCUUGAUUUUGCCUGAUAGGGAACUUUCAACAAUACAGAUAAUUCUAUUUUGAGGCUCACCAGCUAUUUAUAUAUGGUAUUUUAUUUCCACCUGAGAAAAAUUUCAGGUCUUUCAAAUAGUUGUAAAAUGCCAGCAUUUACAUUAAACUGUGUGGGCAAUCAGUACACUCACUAUGGAAUCUCAUGUCUUAUUUUAUAUCUUAUUCUUUCUGUCACCCCUACCCGUGACCCUAAAGCUUCUAAAAGAACGGGUUGAAAGUUUCCUUUUCCAGUUUGUCAGUAUUAUGUCUCUCCUCAUUCACAUGAGCUUGGAAUGAAUGAACCCUAUAUUUAUGAAAAAAAGUACAAGUCUAUUUUUUCACAACUAGAGUCUUCAGAAUUAGCUUUUGCUUUGGGAAACAACUCGUAAAAGUUUUGAUUUUUGGCUUCUUACAAAAAUAAUACACAUUUAGUACUAGUUAUACAUAGAACUUGCUUCCUAGAAAAGUUUGUAUUUCGUGAGGAACACUUACCUAAUAACUGACUUGAAAACCCCUCUGUAUGUGGAGGGUAGGAGUGAGGGAAGUUGAAAGGGCAGUAGUCAGGGGCUGGCUUCUGUGGGCUGUUUGGAAAAUGUUGACACGCUGAGGCCUUUGAGGCUCAGUCUUGGUGUGGGGAGUGGUUUUAGAGACUGAUUUUGAUCAUUGUUUCUUUUCCCUUUUGGAGAUACUGAGGAUUGAACCCUCAGUGUUGCACAUGAAUGCUCUACAGCUAAGUCCAGCUAAUUUCUUGUUCAUUGUAAAAUAUUGUUGAAAUAAUUUUUUAAAAAUAAAGAUAUGAAUUUGUGUACCCUUUGGGAUGGCCUCUUCAAUUGUGUCAUAAUAUAACAAGAUGCCCGGGGGAUUGAAAGAUGCUCCUCCAUCUGUAUCUGCUUCCAACAGAAAGGUCUUUUUUCUCUGAUUAGUUUUACCAAACUUCUGGAUAUAGAACGUUUGUUGAUAGAAUUUGGUAUCUUUAUUGAGUAUGUAUUUCGUUUUUAAACAAAAACAAAACAACCCCCUCCUCCAAACCCAAACAUAGUUGAGUUUCUCCUGGUUGAGAUAGAGUGCAGUGAGGGGUACUCAGGGGAUAAAAGCUGAUGGAGGCUGAGGUGCCAUGGAUACAGAGAGGGUGACCUAAACCAAAGUAGAGUACUGGCAAACAGCAUCUAUAAAAAGAAGUACCCAGCUGAGUCCUGAAGUCAAGAACGAUAUAGUUCAAAAUCCAGAGCUGCACAAGCAUGGAGGUCAGGUUAGUGCAGACAUCUAGGGCUUGGAGGAACUCUGAGUUAAUUAUAAAGCAUGGGGAAAAUGAAGGGUGCAGGCACA